AUGGCACAACUACAAAUCCCAAGUGAGAUCUUGCAUAGUCUGCAGCAUCUAGCCAAUGUCAAUCUUGGAGGCCUACAAGAUUUGGACACCCUGAGGCAGGGCAUGGGUAUGUUGGCACAAGAGCUCAACGUUCGAACGGAAAGUUUGUCCAAAGCAGUGACAGCGGUGGCGGAUCUUUCCUCGAUGGUGAGAGAUGGGGCGAUGGUCUUGGAGGGUCAAGUGAAGGACGCUUCCGAUGAGAGGCAAUGUCUGGUGGCCCAGAUGAACCGUGUGUGGAAGAAUCAAGAGGAUUUCUCUGCACGCCUAUUGGCACUUGAAGGUGCUGCAUCGCGACUGGAAGAAAGCAGCAUGCAACAGCAGGCUGCGCUCCGGGAACUUGAUCUUAAGCUGGGUGGCCUGAACCUGGCGUUCGACCAGGCCAGGGAGGCCGUUCAGCAGUUGCAGGAUGAGGACCCUGCAAGCCUCGAGUCUGCAGUGGGGACGAUGCGCUCACAAACUGCACUCCUGAGUACAACUAUGACACGUCUGGAAGCCUUGUCGCAUGAUGUGGAACUGGCAAACAGGCGAGUUGCCCAACAGGAAGCUGCGUCUAAGAAGGACCUCGAGCAGUUGGCGUCAGUGACGGAUGCCACAGUGAAGCUUGAGGCCAGAUGCGAGCAGAUAGAAAGGGCGUUGGAGGAGCGAGGCCAGCUGAUGGCCCCAGUUCCUGAGCGGACUGUGCGAUUCCAACAGACUUCGAAGCCGCCUGAGGUGGCCAAGCCUACGACUUCCUGGCAACCUCUCCCAGGAACUGAAGAGACCCAGGUGCAGAGAUUUGAGAUGUCUCCCGAAUCUUUACAGCAGCCUGCCAUCGACGAGUGGUACACUGCUGAGGAGGAGGGGGAGGGGCCAGCUAGCUGGGACUUUUCUUCGAAACCACCUGGCUUGUUUCAGCCUCAGUCACUGCCACCCCCACUGCCGGAAGUAGCCCGAAGGAUUGGGUCCGGACAUGCUUUUGAAAAGGUGCCCGCUGGACAGUGGAAGAUGCUUAAAGAUUGCCCGGUCCUGAAGCUGAACUCUGACGAACCUUGGGAAAGAGGUUUGGUUUUGAGACAGUGGGAAAAUGAGACAGGAGCAAUUGCAGCUGUGGUGGCUUCUUCCUUUGGUGCUUUCUUCAGACGACGGAUGAAGGAGGCCUUGGAUCGCUAUCAACAGCGCCAGAGUAGCGGUGUGGAAGAGGAUGUCCCGAGCAUCCCACCAGAAGAAAGAGAAUAUGAGACUCGUUUGGGAGUCAUGCUCAUCAAGGUACUGCCUGCAUCCAUCAGACAACCGGUGAUGGAGCGCACAACAAGCUUGGAGGAGCCGUUGUCCACCCUCUUGCUUUUGGAGUCGGUGAUCGAGCGGUUCUCGCCCGGUGGCACAUCUGAGAUGACAUCAUUGUUGCAGUAUCAGCGGUGUCUUCCGACGGCAAAUUCUUAUAAAGAGCUCCUGAAAAUCUUGCGGAAGUUUGAUUUGGCACGAACUCGGACGACGUAUUUGCAGUUGCCUGGACUACCAGCCCAUGAGGUCAUCAAAUCUCUCGAUGGUCUGACUCGGACGUUGGAACGAAAAAAUCCCGCGUUGGCCAUGAGAUUGAACUUGAUUCGGAUGACGCCUGAGGUAAUGGUACCAUCGGAGACUGGGGUUCAGAGGAUGCUCACUACGUUGGUGCAAGAGGGCCGACGACUGCAAGCUGAGGACGAGAUCUCCAAGAGCAAGCCGCACUACCCAACUUCGUCAAAGAAGAACAGAUACACCGUGAUGUCGUAUGGUGAGGAACAGUUGGCCAAUCGAGUGGAACAAGAGCUGAUUGAGGCUAGCAUAGCACCAGCGCAAGCUGAGGUUGUAGGUCUUGAGGGCUUCUAUGGGGAAAAGAGAGAGGCGUGGAAAAUGUCGCUGGAGAAGGAGUAUGCCAAGAUGGAUGGAGUUCUAGAAGAGGCUCUACCUGAAGAGCUGAGGUCCAAGUUGGGGCUGCCUCCGGAUGCGCCAUUGCCAAAGCCUAUACCCAGCAAAGUCGUGUGUACCCUGAAGCCUAACAUCGACGGUUCCUCGGAGAAGCUUGAAAAAAGUCGCUUGUGCGCCUGCGGAAACUUUGAGCAAGGAGUGGACGAUAAUGGGGAACCCUGGAGUUCAUCUAAUAUUCCACCAGAAAUCGUGAGAUGUUUUACUUCUCUGGCAGCGAGCAAUGUCACGUGGACACUUGGCAGUCUGGAUGUUGAGGCGGCAUUUCUUAACGCGGAAAUCACAUCAGGAGACCCGGUUAUUAUCAUGCCCCCGAAAGUCAUGAAAGACUUGGGUAUGGUGCGCCCUCGAACCUUGUGGAUUGCCAGAAGAUUGAUCUACGGCCUUCGCCGAGGACCGACAGAAUGGGAGCGCGAAAGAGACCAUAAGGUUGAUCAUGCAAAGCUGGAGGCCCAGGAUGGUGAUCGUCAUGGCGCUCUACACUUGAAGCCGUUAAGCUUGGCUGCCGGACUAUGGAAGGUGACCAACUCUAAGGGAGAAACGCUGGGAGCCUUUUGUUGCUAUGUUGACGACGGCUUGGUGGUUGGGGAUGCGGAAAUCAUCAGACGGGUGAUGGCUUUUGUGAAGAGUCUAUGGGCAGUAAAGGGGCAAGGAGUCUUGAACAAGGAGGGCGCUGGGGUCGAGCAGGGCAUCCAAGUUGAUGAAGACAUGGUGCUACUGCCAAAGACUGAGUUGCGAUUCUUGGGGGUAGAAAUCGAGGUGGAUGGAGCCAAUCUAGCGUUGCAUCAGCACAAGUAUAUAGCAUGUGAGUUGCGAAAGCGCGGAUGGUUGGACCUCAAAGGCAGUGACUGCCUACCUACGCCUAAGGAGGGCUUACUGGCUCCGCCACUCAGAGACGAGACGUUUGAGCAAACCAAACUUCGCGCUCAGAAGGAGGUGGACGCUCAUGAGAGUGUGAGAUUGACGCGUGGAAUUUGGCGCUUUCUAAGGGCAACUUGGGAUGUUCGCUUGAUGUUUCGCGCAAAGCAUGAAGAGACCCCGUCGCAGGUUGUGAGGAUGACUGCUGAUGCGAGUUUCGCACCAGGCGGAGCACGCAGCAGGACCGGUUAUGCAAUUUUUAUGGGAGACCAUUUGAUUAGCUGGCGCUCGCAAAGGCAAGCGCUUGUUGCUUGGUCAGCGACGGAAGCAGAGCUGGAAGCGACCGCCACAGUUGUUCAAGAUGGAGCCAAAUUCCAGGAGACUCUUUCAGAACUAGUGGGUCACAAGUUGGAGCUUUUGUUGCAGAACGAUAAUUCUGGAGGGCUAACCUUGUUGACGCGGCAAAGGUUUUUCACACAAGACAUGCGUACAAGGCACUUCGCGGUGAGGUGUGCAUAUGUCAGGGACCAGAUAGCCGUGCUCAACAUCGUAUUGGAGCAUAAGGGCACGGAUACUCUUGAAGCGGAUGCUCUCACGAAGGUGUUGUCCAAGGAGAAGUUGCGACAAGGCAGGCUUGGACUGCGACUCUUGAAGAAGUGA